CCCUCCCACCAAUCUAUAUAAAAGAAAUAUUCAGGAAUUUGGAAGCUAUUCUACUGGGGAAUCUGAAAAACCAAGAGAAAAUUGGAUUGCAGGAAAGUAUUUUCACCAAGACAGUAAAGCUUUGAUUGAGAGUGAAGGUGAUGAGGAGCCCAAUUAUUUUGAGAAUAGAACAGAAGAUUCUUUGACCACUAAUUUUUCUGAAGACCCACACAAGGUUCUUAAACAAUUCAAAGAAAUGGAUUUUUCCUCCAACAAGCAUUAUUUAAAUACAUUCUUUAAUAGGAACAAUAACAGGAAAGCUACCAAUGAGAUACAAGAGAGGCGGAAAUUUUUUCUUCGUGAUAUUUGCCAAAAAUACAUUAACAGAACCCAAAUUCCCCUUGUGCACAUGGUCUCUAGAAUAUACGUGGAAGAUAAAUACAAACUUUUGUAUUGUGAGGUUCCUAAAGCGGGCUGUUCCAACUGGAAAAGGAUUCUGAUGAUACUUGGUGGUCGUGCAAAAUCUGCUGCUAAUAUUUCCCAUAAUAGUGUUCACUAUGGAGAUCAUCUGAAGAAACUAGAUAGUUAUAAUAUAAAAGAGAUACAUAAGCGUUUAAAAACAUAUACCAAAAUUAUAUUUGUCCGUGAUCCAAUGGAAAGGUUGGUGUCUGCUUUUCGAGAUAAGUUUGAACAUCCAAACAUUUAUUACCAUCCUGUAUUUGGGAAGGCAAUUAUUAAGAAAUACAGACCUAAUGCAGAUAAAGAGGCAUUGAUAACUGGCUCAGGAGUGAAAUUUAAAGAAUUUAUACAAUAUCUAUUAGAUCCCUAUCGGCCAUUAGGUAUGGAUACGCAUUGGGAGCAAAUCAACAAACUUUGUUAUCCUUGCGAUAUCGAUUAUAAUUUCGUUGGCAAAUUUGAAACUCUGGAAAAAGAUGCCAAUUAUUUUUUGAAACUAAUAAAUGCUCCAGAUGAGCUCUUAUUCCCGCAUUUCAAAGACAGACACUCCACAGACAAAAGAACCAAUUCAGAAGUUGUAAGUAAAUACUUGUCAGAAAUUCCUGCUACAGAGAGGCUGAAGGUUUAUGACUUUUAUUACCUGGAUUAUUUAAUGUUUAACUAUACUGUACCAUAUGAGGGAUUCCAAAUUGAUGUAAUGCAUAAUCAGCCUUCCCUAUAACUUAUGAAAAAAAAGUAUAUUUUUUUAAAUGGAGAAGCUUUUGAUUUGUUAAAAUUUUCAUAAAUGUGAGUGCCUAAAAUUUAAGAAAUAACAUAUUGAACUGUGAUGUCUGGGGACAAUAAUUUUGUAUUAGAAAAUUCUUGAAUAUAAUGCAAUAUAUUUAAGAUAAGAGGUUUUAAAACAAUUGUGUUUUAUUGUAUUUAUUUCAUUCCUGCAAAUUCAUUUUUCUACAUUCCACGGAACAGCAAUUAAAAGCUGGAUUUAUAAA